GCUGAUAAUAAAAAACAACAUUUUUUUCUAAGCUGUCUGACGAAAUCCAGUGGGAGGAGGUCUGGGGCUUCACAAAAUGAAGCUGUCUACCCAAUCAUCUGUGCCAGUCUAUACAAUCUCUGGCUCUUCCACAGCGCGACCACUUCCAGAAUGGCUGGCAAGGCGGAGGAAGCGCAGUUUGAAGAACGACCCGGAAUAUGCGAACCGGGUCGAGCUGCUCCAAGAUUUUGAAUUCGAAGAAGCAAGCCAAUGUAUUCGCAUCAGUGAGGACGGCGAGUGGGUCGUGAGUACAGGCACGUACAAACCUCAAAUUCACACUCAUUAUUUGCCGCAUUUAUCACUGUCUUUUGCACGGCAUACAGUAUCUCUCAAUACAACUUUCCUCCUGCUAUCUUCCGAUUACUCGAAAUCCCUCCAUCUGCAGGCAGAUCGAUCGCUUGAGUUUCACACACCCCAAGGAUGCCACUACACCAUGAGGCUUCCCCGCUAUGGUCGUGAUCUCGUCUAUGACAGGCAGUCGACCGAGGCUCUUAUCCCUGCCGUCGGAGUCAACCAGGACGGAAGCGGAGAGGUCUUCCGCUUGAAUUUAGAGGCCGGCCGAUACAUGCGCAGCUUUGAGGUUGACGUCGGCGGAGACGAUUUCAAUUCCACCGGUGGCGGUUCUCUUCAAGGUGGCGUAGAUACAGGCGCAGUCAAUACUGGAGCUAUAGCUGAAGAAAGCCAUAACCUUCUGGCUUUUGGCACCUCAAUUGGCACAGUUGAAUUGUGGGACUCGAGAGCCCGCGGCCGCGCAGGGAUUUUGUUGCCACCGUCACAGUCACAGCCAGGAGAAAUGCGCCAUGAGGUUACCGCUUUGGAAUUCCAUAGGUCUGGCCUGACAUUGGGAACGGGAUCUUCGAAUGGGCUUAUACACUUGUACGAUCUACGAUCCCCCGUGCCGUAUUUGAAGAAGGACCAGGGUUACAGCUACCCAAUUCACACACUAAAGUUUCUCAACCCAUCGUCCCGAACACGAGAGCAGACUAUGGAGCCUAAGAUUCUCUCUUCAGAUAAGAGAAUCAUCAAGAUCUGGGACCCGCGCAAUGGCGCGCCGUGGACCUCGGUCGAGCCGGCUGUUGAUAUCAAUUCUGUUGCGUGGUGUCAAGACAGUGGAAUGAUCUUGACGGCAAAUGAAGGAAGGCAACAACACGCUUUUUUUAUUCCUCAGCUUGGGCCCGCUCCGAAAUGGUGCUCCUUCCUAGAUAAUAUCGUGGAGGAAAUGGCAGAGGAUCCCAACGACCCUCAAGCCUUCACUGGAAGCCAGGCAACAUCUGUCUACGAUAAUUACAAGUUCUUGACUAUUCCUCAACUCCGCAGCUUGAACCUGGAUCAUUUGAUCGGGAAAACAAACCUUCUACGACCAUACAUGCACGGUUAUUUUGUUGCUCAACGACUUUAUGAGGAGGCCCGGUUGAUCACAAACCCCUACAUCUGGGAAGAAGAGCGAGCCAAGAGAGUCAAAGAGAAAAUUGACCAAGAACGAGAAAGCCGUAUCCGUGGCAAAAAGAAAACAACAGUCAAAGUCAACCGUAAACUGGCCGAGAAACUCCUGGAGAAGCAAGAGAAAGCCGAACGACGCAACGCCAAACGUGUGCUUGAGCAAGGCGGUGACGAGAAGAUGGACGAUGCUAUUCCUGAGCCUACUACUGCCGCUUCAUCUGACAAGGGCUUGUUGGGUGAUAGCCGUUUCCAGCAAAUGUUCGAAGAUGCAGAAUUUGCCGUAGACGAGACCUCUCACGAAUUCCAAAUGCUCAACCCCAGCACGAAUACUGGUGAGAGACCUGAACGAAAAGAACGUGGUCUGACAGCUGUCGAACAAGAAGCGGUCGAUGAAGCACCCGGAUCCAGCAGUGACGGGUCCGAUAGCGAUGAUGAGGAGGAAAAACAUUCGACCCGAGUUAAGAACCAGCAACCAACAGAGGCAAUCUCGUAUAAACGCAGCCGAAAGCCCUACACAAAAAUGCAAGUAUCGUCAUCCACACGUGCAGGUCCCAUCCGAGACCGAUCCUUCGAGUCCCGCACGCAGAAAAUGCGUACUAAAGACAAGACUAUUCGGCGCAGUGCAGUCGGAGAAAAAGAAAUGACGUUUACCCCGCAGGUGAAGUCGAAGGCCCGUACAAAUCCGGAGCCAGCGCAAAUGGACACCGGUUAUAAGAGCAAGGCACGCCGAAGUGCAUCGGGGAAUACCUUCCGCCGAAUGUGAUAUGUUACAAAGGAGUUCUCAAUGAAACAAGGUAAUACAUUAGGAGUAAAGAUGAAAUUGCGAUGAUGCUUGAGUGCUAUCCUGAAUUCAAUAGAGAUAUCAGAAGGCGCGACGUCAUGUACGCCGUUGUGAUUCGGAAAGCAAUCGCAUAUCUCAUCCACAGGCGACCCUUGUACAAAGAUCCGUUCCAACUGAUGGGUAUAUCAGCAACAAAACUUACGGAUGACUGAUACUUGAUCUGAGUGUGAAAAGCACUUAAACUUCAACCUCGCAGAAUCUUCGUACCGAGCUUAACACACCUAUAAAAUACGUCGGUUGAUAGGAGACGAGUAUUACAUGUAAUGAUACCAGAAGAACCAAAAAGUUAGAUAGUUUAAGAUACCCGU